CACCUUGGUCCACCUUGUCCACCACCACCACCACCACCACCACCACCACCACCACCACCACCACCACCACCACCACCACCACCACCACCACCACCACCACCACCACCACCACCACCACCACCACCACCACCACCACCACCACCACCACCACCACCACCACCACCACCACCACCACCACCACCACCACCACCACCACCACCACCACCACCACCACCACCACCACCACCACCACCACCACCACCACCACCACCACCACCACCGCCACCACCACCACCAAAACCAGCGCCGCUGCCGCCACUGAAACCAGCGCCGCUGCCGCCAAGACCGCU